UGUCGCAGUCAAACCGGUCCGGGUGGAAAAGUGGGUGAAAGGUUCAGCAGGUUAGAGUGACAGCAGCUCACUAACACCGCUCACACUCUCUCUCACUCUCUCACGCACACACUCACACGUUCACCGGGAGCAGCAGAGCGGAAAGUAAAAAUGUCUGAACAGCCGCAGGCGAUCAGCCCGCUGAAGAACUUCUUCGCGGGGGGGUUCGGAGGAGUCUGCCUGGUGUUCGCUGGACAUCCGCUGGACACCAUCAAAGUGCGUUUACAAACUCAGGCCAAACCCAAACCUGGAGAGAGCCUCAUAUAUGCUGGAACUAUCGACUGUUUCAAAAAGACCUUGGCCAAAGAGGGAGUGAAAGGGCUUUAUAAAGGCAUGACAGCCCCGAUCAUUGGAGUCGCACCCAUGUUUGCCGUGUGUUUCUUUGGAUUCGGUCUUGGCAAGAAACUACAACAGAGAACUCCAGAUGAAAUCCUCACGUAUCCACAGCUGUUUGCUGCAGGGAUGUUGUCCGGCGUGUUCACCACGGCCAUCAUGGCUCCCGGAGAGCGAAUCAAAUGCCUCCUACAGAUCCAGGCGGCAACUGGUGAGGUGAAGUAUGCUGGACCCAUGGACUGUGUCAAACAGCUGUACAGAGAGUUUGGGAUCAGAGGAGUCUACAAAGGCACAGUUCUGACUCUCAUGAGAGGAAUAAUGAGUAAUGUGGAGAUACCUGCUGGUUUAAAGGAGCUUUUACAGGGAUACGCUGUGGAGGUGCUUCGCUGCAGGCCCCCGAAUCUGGUGGAAUUUGCAGUGCAGCAUUUUACACAGCUUCUGGAAAACCAAAGGAACCAGCGAUCCAAGAAACACAAACCAACGAGAAAAGGAGUCACAUUUGAGACAAACAAGUCCACGAAGGAUGAGGAAGAGGACGAGGAAGACGACAUUAAGUCGACCACCGGUAAAUACAGUCGCAGAGUUUCAGUUUGUGCAGAGGCCUACAACCCCGAUGAUGACGAGGACGAUGACACGGAGCCUCGGGUUGUGAAUCCCAAAACUGACGAGCAGCGACAGAGACUUCAGGACGCGUGCAGAUAUAUUUUACUCUUUAAAACAUUGGAGGGGGAGCAGUUUUCGGAGGUUCUGGACGCCAUGUUCGAGGUGCUGGUCAAACCUCAGGAGCACAUCAUCGAUCAGGGAGACGACGGAGACAAUUUCUACAUCAUAGAGAAGGGUGUGUACGAUAUCUUUGUGAAGAAGGAUGGAGUGGAUUUGUGUGUUGGAAAGUACGACAACAAGGGGAGUUUCGGUGAGCUGGCUCUGAUGUACAACACUCCACGAGCUGCCACGAUCGUCGCAACGCAGGAAGGCGCCCUGUGGGGCCUGGACCGAGCCACGUUUCACAGACUGAUCGUGAAAAACAACGCAAAGAAAAGGAGGAUGUACGAGGCCUUUAUCGAGUGUGUUCCUCUUCUGAAGUCUCUCGAGCUCUCUGAGAGAAUGAAGAUCGUGGAUGUUUUGGGAGCACGUGCGUUCAAAGAUGAAGAGCGAGUUAUAACACAGGGGGAUCAGGCUGACUGCUUCUACAUUGUGGAAUCAGGAGAGGUGAAGAUAAUGAUAAAAAGCAAAACGCAGGCGAGCCAGCAGGACAGUGCUGAGGUGGAGGUGGCUCGCUGCACUAGGGGGCAGUAUUUUGGAGAACUUGCGCUGGUCACCAACAAACCUCGAGCAGCAUCAGUUUACGCUGUGGGAGAAACCAAAUGCUUAGUCAUCGACAUCCAGGCGUUUGAGCGUUUGCUGGGCCCCUGUAUGGACAUCAUGAAGAGGAACAUCUCCCAGUAUGAAGACCAGCUGGUGGCGCUGUUCGGCUCCAGUGUGGACUUGAAACACUAGUUCAUGAAAAUUAUAAAUCAGCAUGUCAAACAUAGGUUUUGCAUGUAACAUGUGAUUAUCGUCCCCCUGAGGUAAGAAGAGAGGGACGUCUGUUUUAUGAUCAGUAAUAUGAACUGUUCCUGUACCUGCUGAUCAAUAUGUUAAAGUAGAAUAAACCAUGUUUAUCAUUUGACAAUCCUGAUCCUAUCAGCCAAAGCAAAACUAAUACUUGAUUACACCUGACUGAUGGAUGGAGUCAAUGUAACACAGAUGGUCUGUAUUUAGAUAGAGCUUUACUAGCCUUGAUGAACCCUCAAAUUAAAAUGUUACCAUUCAUACACAUGUAUACAGUGCAUCUACAUUGCAGCACUUGCUCUAUCAUCGGCAUGCUGACAGGUAUCGAGCCGACGAUCUCCUGGUUGUUGGACAACCUGCUCUACCUCUAGUUAAUUCCCUGGCAGUUCAGUAUAAUGGAGGCAUUACUAUGACGUGCAUAACCCUCCCACCCAACAGUACAGUACACCCUCAGAUUCCUGAGUGGUUGAUGAUUUUAGGAAAUUUAACAUUUUAUGGAACCUUUUAUACAACUCCUGGUUAAUUUCAUGUGUUGUUCGUGUUAUGGCAGAUUUUGACAUGUCACAAUAGGAAAACAGCAGCUGUGAAUAAUGCAGCGGGGCUUACAUGAAGGGGUUUACAGGAGCAGAGAAGCUCAGAUCAGAAAAAACCGAGGGAGGGUGACUGCGUUCUCUCCACUGCUGUUGGACUACUGUAUUUUUAUUAUUCUGGAUUUUAUUGGAGUGUAAGCUGAAUAAUAGAAACCAAUCUACUUAUAACA